UUUUUUGAAAAAUCAGGAAUAUGUUUCUAGCGUUAUCUUAUCUUUUGAAGAAAUGUAUUGGUAGUGUAUUGGUAGUGUUCAUUUUCACAUGCCUUAAUGCCAUUCUCUACCAUAUGUAUAUUACUCUAAACUGUUUUACAUUUACAAAGAUUAGGAAGGACAAUACUUAUUUAAAGACUAUUUCAAAAUGAUUGCUAUUUAAGUAUCAAUUUUCCACACACUUAACUUAUAUUUUAUGGUUUAGCGGACUAUUAAAACGCACGUAUUGAUCGGGAAGUACAAAUCUGUGUUAACUGCUUUUUCAAAGCCUCUCGUUAAAUUCGAAAGGUUUAUUAAAAUAUAAAGCAUCUAAAGAACCGGGCACAUUUUUUCAAUUAUACGAUAUGUACACAUUUGAAUGGUUGCAUGUCAGACUUACGCUGACUUUUUGUUGAGUUAGACAGUCUAUUUAAAAGAUAAAACUAUCAAAUGUGUUUUCCAUAUAGAUUUAAAGAUGAUGCUGUCGUUUGCCUAUAUAUUACUAUAUGCUAGUGUGCAUGUACAAGGACUGGGAAGGACUAUACUAGAUGGGGAUGUCUUCAUUGAAUUUAUAGGAGCCAUUUACGUGGAAUCCGGGAACGAUUCCAAUUCCUCCUGCAGUAACAUUGAAGCAGAAACUGUGCAAAAUAUUCAAGCAAUAAAAUGGACAUUAUCAAAGCUAAAUGAAGCAAACUACAUUCCAAAUGUAAAAAUAGGUUUGCGUGUUAGUCAAACAUGUAAAAAGGAGGGAGAAGCUGAGAGACUUGCGCUCAAACUAUCGGCAGAGUUAUAUAACGUUAAAGAAGCCAACGUUGUCGGUGUAAUCGGGUCCGACUAUAGUUCGGAGACGGAAGCGAUAUCUCGUCUGCUGAGUUCACUUCCGGAAGAGUAUCGUCUGCUGCAAGUUGGCUUUUCCUCUACUUCUGCAUCCCUAAGAAACAGAGACAACUAUAAAAAUUUCUUUAGAACAAUUCCACCUGACGAUAUACAAGUCGAGGUGAUGAUAAAAUAUAUCGAAGCCCUGAACUGGACAUACAUGGCGAUCAUUUAUGACGAUGAUGCAUACGGACAGGGUGGAAAAGAUGAACUUUUGAACAGAAGUAGAGGUCUUGACGUCUGUUUCCCUGCGAUGAUUCCAGUUGAUGCGUUACAUUAUAACAGAUUAAAACUUGAAACAGACAUAAAAGAUAAAGUUAUAGCCGCUGAAGUGCCCAUUAAUGGCAUACUUGUAUUUGGGAGCUCAGUUUUAGCUGACCUUGUCUUAGUCGCAACGGAAACUGUUCUUGAAGAGACACCAAAUGCAUCUCGUCCGGUAUUUCUGUUUUCGGAAGCAGGGGGUUAUAUUCAGGGACACCAUACCAACGUUUCUAAAGGAGCAUUUGUAUUGAGUCCACCUAGACGAAUCAUUGAAAGUUUUCAAGAUGAAUGGACAACUAUUUUUACCGAUACUACACGGUUAUAUCAAGAAAUUGAAUCGAAUACAUGGAUUAGAGACGUAUAUAACUCAAGUUUCAAUUGCAAACUAGCUGACAGGAAAGAUGAUAAUAACUGUAGUCCACUUUCCGAAUCUGAAUUUAAAAGUGCUGUUCCAGACUCGGUCUACAACCAGUACGCGAUACAAGCCGCAAUGGUUAUUUCAGCAGUUGUGAAAAACAUCUACAAGAAAAAAUGUCCUAAUCAGCUUGCUGCCUGUGAUUCUUUUACGGAUACUUAUGAAACACCAAGAUACGAGUUUGUAAAAGAACUUUCUCAAAUAUCUCAAAUCAAUUUUGACGAUUUCAGCAGUUUUAGACUGAAAGAGUUCCAGAGUCCAGACUUAACUGUCAGCUUUGGUGACUCUUGUGAGAUCAGGUUUCCCGAUGUCUUCCCCGUAUAUGAAGUCUACAACCACCAGAUAUUAUGUAAUACUGGCCCGUAUUGCCUCGUUAAAGUAGCAGAGUAUAAGAAUUCAAAAGAAUUAGAAAUAACGCGGUCAGACAUCAAAGAUUAUGACGUAAACGGAGAGGAAGUUGAGUGGCCGAAUAUUCGUAAAGCGCAGUGCCCGGAUGACUCCCUUUGCCUAAGCUGUUAUACGGAAAAGAUUGAAGAUUUUGUCUUGUACAUUCCUGGUGACAUGUAUUUAAUUGGGAUCGUACCCGUACACAAUAAAGGAACAACACCACUGCAGUGUGGAAGUAUAAAGAAAGGUGGAUUAGAUUUUGUUGAAACUAUUCGGUUUGCAGUGGCAGAGGCUAAAACAAAACCUGCGGCAAAUAUCGGCAUCAUCAUAAUUGAUAGCUGCAAUGACCCGCAAAUUAUACAGGAAAAGAUAUUGACAUUGCAUCGGCUUGGUGUGUACAUAGAUGGCCAGUAUAGACCUGUUGGUGAUAAAAUUAUUGGCUAUAUUGGUGGAUGGUCGAGUGACGUCAGCAUAGCGGUAGCGGAGAUAACGUCACGUUUGCAAUAUCCGCAAAUAACUUAUGCGUCAACAGCACCGGUUUUAAGUAAAAGAUUAUUAUAUCCGUACCUCCUACGUGUGCCAAGUCCUGAUGAAAAACAGGCCGAGACUAUUCUUGAGUUGGUAAAACGGCUUAAUGGUAAUUUCAUUCAGAUUCUGUACAGUCAGUCAGUAUACGGCGAGAGCGGACGAGAUAUAUUGCUAGACUUGAUCGGCACAUCUGAAUUUGAUCUCUGUGUUGCGCAAACACUGCCUGUCUCUAGAAAUAGUAACAAAGACAAGGUUCUUGCUGAUCUUAGGAAGUUUCCUCAGGCAAAAAGUGUGGUUCUGUUUCUUGGUUCAUUUGAAAUUGAAUAUAUGAUAGGUACAUUCAAUACCAUUAACAAAAAUGAAUUUCUCUUCAUAAGUUCCGAGGGUUGGGGAACAAGAAUAAAUGUAUCUGAAUACAGAAACAUGGCUGGUUCCCUGACCAUAACUUCACAGCUGACUAUAAAUGAGAAACUGACAGAUCAUGUUAAACAACUGAAACCUGAUGGUUCCAACGUAGAUUCAUGGAUCCGUCCGUACAUGGAGAAUGAGUUCCAAUGCUACUUCCAGUGGAGCUAUAACAAAACGUCUGGCAAACCAUGCUCAGGAAACGAGUCGUUGGACGUUUACAAGACAGAGUUCCGGUUAGAUGCUUGGACAUCAUUUGCAGAACGUGCCGUCACAGCGUUGUUAGAAGGCGUUGAAAAGGCACUCAGAGCUACGUGUAGUGGAAAUACAGCGGUACUCUGUAGUAAUUACAGAAACAGCACUGAUCUAGUGUAUGAAGAAAUAAAGAAUUAUGAGCGGCUUGGUAGCAGUGGAUUCAGAACCAGGGUGUUCGAUGAUAACGGGGAUGGCACAGCGGGUUAUCAGAUAUAUGUUGUUAGUAAGGAUACAACGGGAAAAGCAGAAUAUAAAAAGAUCGGUGACAGCUCAUUGAUUGUUGACAAAAAUUCGGUGGACUUGACCUUCCAGUCAUCUCUUUAUAACAGUGUGCGUGGUGAAAUCAUCAACUCGACAUGCUCUAGUAACAUAGACGUGUGCAACCAAUGCUUUGCAGUACCAGUAGGAGCUGAAGCCGCCAAUGAUUUGUCGGCGGGUGUUAUUGUUGUCAUAGUUCUACUAGGCAUCAUCUGCUGUGUUUUGGCGGGAAUCUUACUGUUUAUUUGUAACAGACAUGGAUGUUGCCUAAGAAUUGAAAACGGACGACCAAAAUUCACUGGAACAUAUCUCACCCCAAUAUAUGCUCGCGAAAGGAGAGCACAUGGGGUUGACGGCCAAGAUUCUCCGCAUCAAGAGGAGAAUUAUGACAGCAUACCAAUCUCAGGCGGAAUUUCAUAUAGCAGACCGCCAACGUCUGACGGCGGCUCCUCUGGUACAGGAAAAACCAUCAGCGGCGGAAGUCAGGGAGAUAGUGGAGCAGGCAUAAAUACUUCCCAAAUUAUUAUGGGGAGAGACAAUGUAGCGUUUGAGAACGAUAGUCUAUCUAGUAGCCAACAAGUAGGAAGUAGCAGUGGUGUAGGGUCCAGUGUACGUGGGAAUAGUUCUAUAGGCCCAACACCUCACCAUUUUACCAAGCCGGCUCCAGCUCCAGCUCCAGCGCCACCUGCACGCGGGGCGGGGGUUGUUUACCAAGCAGACGGUAGUUAUAUAACUGCUUCCACAAAUUCGGAAGCUAAAAUUAGCGGAGGUUCAGCCGCGGGUACACAGACUGAUGUCGACCGAACCAGCAAAAGUAGUGAUCGGAGUCUUGGUUAUCUAAGAAGCGUGCAAGUUAAUGAAGAUAACCGAGUAUAGGGUGUUUUAAAAGAAAAUACUUCUGUGAUGAACUGCAGUAAGUGCUAGUGAAAGCAAAUGAUUUUGAGGCUGAACUAAUUUUAUGUGCAUGUGUGUUUCAAAAAAUGUGUCCACAUUGGUGUAUAAAUUGAGCAAACUUCAUUGCCAGUCUCUCCCUUAAUGGAUUAAGAUGAACAUAUUGUAUAACUGUUUGCUUCGAAAUAAAAUCAAAGUACUGACUGUAUUGAUGCGUGCGACGGUUAGCUGUUAGCAUGUUCUUACAAGAUAUGGGUCUGAUUUGGUUAUAUGUCGUUAUGGUCAAAAACGGUUGGCGUUGAAAAAUUGUAUGUCAUAUGGGAUGCCAUAGACUUUGAAAAUACGAAAUGGUAUUUCGUUUUUUCAAUAUAAUAUUUCGUUUUUACGGAAUAAAAAGGGCUCUUUACUUUUGCAAUAUUUCUAUGCACAUUCAUUGAAACAUACCUGUAGUUAUACCCAGUGAUUUAUGAAUGUGUCUAUGUUUUCACAAUAUUCUUAUCAACUUGAAUACUCAUUUUAUUUUUAACAUGAUUGUAGUUAUACUUACAUAACGUUUUUGCCAUUGUUUUUAUAAGCAUGAUAUGUUAAGAAAUCCUUGUUUGUAUUGUAUGUAUGAACUUAUUGUUUAGUACCCGUCUUGUGUAUUAAAGAAAUAUAUUUUUACCAAA